AUGGUUUUCUUUUACGAGUGGUCUGAAGUUGUUUCUGAUCUGAUCAACUCAGUUUCAGCACUUUACAUAAUUAAAGUGAUGCCGUUUGCUAACCUGAUGGGCCUGCUCGCCUCCGGCACGGACUCGACGGCGGCGCUGCGCUGCAUCCAGCAGGUGGCGCUGCUGGUGCAGGGCAACUGGGUGGUCAAGAGUGAUGUCCUGUAUCCUAAAAACACCUGCAGUCCUCACAGCGGGGUCCCUGCCGAGGUGCUCUGUCGGGGCCGGGACUUUGUGAUGUGGAGGUUCACUCUGGAGCGCUCUGUGUUGAGAAAGGAGAUUGCAUCCAUCAUCAAACUUCCUCCGGAGGAUGUGAAGGAGUUCCUGGAGCAUGUGGCUGUUCCUCGAGUUAACCGCGGCUGGGAGUUCCUGCUGCCCACCGAUGUAGAAUUUGUGAAGAAACACACAGACAUUGCCCACAGGCAACACAUGCUGUGGCUCGGCAUCCAGAGCAAGCUGGAAAAAGUGUUCAACUUCUCCAAGGAAGACUUCAUGCCAAAGAACUCCCCUCAGCCUGAUCCCGUCCAUGUGACCGGGGAGCAGCGUCUGAAGAAUGCUCAGGACCGCGCUCAGGGAAACAAGUCGUCCAUGCAGAAGGACCUGGACACGAGACGCUCAGAAAGCAGCAUACAGGUCAAACAGGAACCGGUCAGCGACAGGGAAGACGAACCCAUGGACACCUCCUCUUCCUCCUCCGCCAUCAACGGCUCUGUGAACGGCUACCCCAGCGCCUCCGCCUUCGACCACACUAAUGGUAUCACGGGGAGUCCGGCCAACGCGCCGUCUGUGGAGCUGAAGGACUUUGUGAAAAAGACUUUCAAGAAGCAUUUUGUACUGACACUGAAUGAAUUCAAGAGGCUGUUUGGCCUCCACAUCGCCUCCAUGCCGUCGGGACACAGCAUCUACCCCUCCAUCUCGGACCACAUGCUGCAGGACGCCAUACUGCUCUGCCAGUGCAAACAGAUAAUGGUGCCUUUUCCUGCUCAGACCACAGCAGCCACUGACGAACAGAAGGUGUUUGGUUUGUGGGAGACAGGAGAGGAGUUUGACAAGGUAAACUAUUUCUCAGGUUUAUAGCAGGUCUACAUCCGUUUUGCUUCUUGACUCUGCAUGCACGUUCUGCAGCACAAACCACAAGUUCUCUGAAAUGUCCCAUGAAACUUCAGAGACCACAUGCACUGUCUGUGAGCCAUGACCUGCGAGAGUCAAUACUUCAACGCCACACAGAAGAGAGAAGUAGAACUGUUGACACUUUGUGGUGUUUAGCUGCAAAUGGCUGCACUACACUUCCUUUGUUAAGUUCCCCGACAUGAGAGGUGACUCUUGUUUCCAUAAAGUGAAAGUACCCCACGCUCUCCUGUCCAGAGUUAAAUCUGAAGAUCAAUACCUCUCUUAUUUGUCCAAGGAAGCAAACUCCACACACCGGCAGCUCUAAAGCUCACUAAUUAAAUCCUUAAGUCUUCUUUCUGUGUUGUGUAAAAACAAAAAAGCUGUGGUUGUUACAGUGAUGAAUUUGGCUUUUGUUUUUCU